AUGGCCGCUGUCUGUGCUGUCUACACUUCCAGGCAGCUGACCCGGGCAGCCAAACCACGACUCCCAACAACCAUAUACAGACGAGCAUUCUCCUCAAGCCCCUUCCUCCUCGAUUCCCCCAUCUCCCCUCAGCCCUCCACCUCCAAUAACAAACACCUAAAAGUCUCCCAGCCCGCCGCUCCCAAAAUCUCCCGUGGCUCCCUGGCCCCAGGCUCCAUCUUCGCCGAUGAAGACGAAAUAGUCCCCAGCCCCCACGUGUCCACCGAUUCCCGCAAGCCUCAGCGCCGAGCCCCCACCGCCAAAGACACAGAAGCCCCAGGCAAAACCUACGCCAAGCCCACCGAGCCAAAAAUGCAACACAUCCCCCUCAGCGAGCGGGACGUGGACAGCCUCUCCCGCGCCCUCGUGCCCUUUCCCAACCGGCGCGCCCGCUGGGAACGGAAGAUGGUAAUUCGCUCGAUAAGGCGGCGCGGCCGGCUGACGCGGCGCGAGGCCAUAGCGCGCACAGAGCGCGAGUCGCUGAGCAAGAGCCAUUUCUUCAAGACGAGCGUGAAGAAGCUGACGAUGGUUGCGCGGCAGAUUGCGGGAAAGAAUAUCGACGAGGCCAUUUUGCAGAUGCGGUUUAGUGCCAAGAAGGUGGCGAAGGAUGUCAAGGCGCAUCUUGAGCAGGCCAGGGAUGAGGCCAUCGUUGUGCACGGGAUGGGCUUGGGGAAGUGUCAGGCGCCUGCUGCGGGCUUUGAGAGUGUGGCGGCGGAAAGUGGAAGCGGAGGUGCCGCUUCCUCCUCCUCCUCCUCCUCCUCCUCCACACCCGUCACCAUCAUCCUCAAAAACGGCCAGCGCAAGACCAUCACGGACCGCACGGCGAUCUACAUCGCGCAGGCGUGGGUGGGUCGAGGCACGUUCGGUCGCGAGCUGAAUCAUCGGGCGCGCGGCAAGAUUGAUGUCCUGAAGCUGCCACAUACGAGUUUGACGGUUGUGCUGAAGGAGGAGAAGAGUCGGAUUCGCGAGUGGGAGGAGAGGGUGGCCAAGGCGGAGAGGAAGCGGAGGAGCGAGUUGAGGGUUUCGUUGCCGGAUCGGAAGAUUUACGGGCAGAGGCAGUAUUAUAGUUGGUAG